AUGGAUUUCUCGCUCAAGACACUCGCCUUCUCAGUUCUGACUACUACAAGCUUUGCCUCUCCUUUAAUAUAUUCACGGGCCACCAACACGUCCUAUACCAAUGCCAACGGCCUAUCAUUUAACCACUUCAAUGGCUCCCUUCCUAAUGUGACCAUCCUAGCCACAGGUGGCACCAUUGCCGGCACAAGCGACGAUGAAACCGCAACAGCAGGCUAUGAAUCAGGCGCUUUGGGGAUUAACAAGAUUCUCUCGGGUAUCCCCGAAGUCUUUGACAUCGCCAACGUCAAUGCCGUGCAGUUCGACAACGUCAAUAGCGGAGAUGUUUCUUCAGGCCUUCUCUUGAAUCUUACCCGUACGCUGCAGAAAACGGUCUGCGACGACCCUACCAUGUCUGGUGCGGUGAUUACCCACGGCACCGAUACGCUUGAGGAAUCCGCUUUCUUUAUUGACACGACUGUGAACUGCGGCAAGCCUAUUGUAUUCGUUGGCUCAAUGCGCCCUGCCACUGCUAUUUCCGCUGAUGGGCCUAUGAACCUUCUCCAGGGAGUGACUGUGGCUGCAGACAAGAAAGCCAAAGAGCGCGGUGCAAUGGUUGUUUUGAAUGAUCGCAUUGUCUCCGCCUUCUUCGCGACGAAGACGCAGGCAAACACUGUGGACACAUUCAAGGCAUAUGAGCAGGGCAACUUGGGAUUCAUUGUCUCGAACAUGCCUUAUUUCUAUUACCCGGCUGUUCAAGCAAAUGCAAAGCACACCGUGGAUGUGGCAGGCGUCGAUUCCAUUCCCCGGGUAGAUAUUCUCUAUGCAUACGAGGAUAUGCAAAGUGAUUUGCUCUACAGUGCUGUUAAGAAUGGUGCGAAGGGGAUUGUGGUCGCCGGCGAGGGCGCAGGGGGGAUUUCUACAGGCUUCGCCCACGCCAUAAACAACAUCGUGUCCGCGAACAGUAUCCCUGUUGUUUUGAGCCACCGGACAGUUAAUGGCGAGGUCCCUACAGCUGCUAUAACGGGAGACAAUGAGGGGAGUCAAAUUGCCAGUGGAAUAUUCAAUCCUCAGCAGGCGCGGGUCUUGCUUGGGUUGUUGUUGGCGGAAGGCAAAGGGCUGAAGGAGAUUCGAAGUGUGUUCAUGAAGGCGACAGUUGCCUAA